AUGAUCGGCAUCUUGCAGACGAGGCUGCUAGGACUGCGGGGGCCUCAGCCAGAGCUGGUGGGCAGCAAGCAGGCUGCUGACUCGGGUCCUGGCCUCCCCUGGCUUCAGCGGGCGGCCUCCUUCCCGGGGGUCUUGGUUGUGUCUGGAGACAGGUGCGGGCUGUACCACCGCACCCCCACUGCCCCUCGAGCUCCUCAGCCCCUCACAGCCCCCUGUCCUGGAGCCAGGCCGCCUCUUUGUCCCUGGGCCUCUCUGCCCUGCUUCAAGGUCAUCUCAGUCACCUUUGACCUCCCUGUUUCAGCUGUUCUUGAAUUGCUGGGCCGGCACCCCCGCCGCCCCCCACCUAGGGCAGGUCCAAGCCCAGCUCGCGGCCAGCGACAGCGCUUGCUUGAGACACCUCGCAGUCGGAGGCCGUGCUGCCAGAUGCUAAAUCUGCCCCCUAAGAAAUCUGAAGACACAAUGUGCAGCAGCCGCUGUCCAAAACCAACAUGUACAAAACGGCACAGGGCCCGUCUGAGCAGCAGGUGUCGCAGCAGUAAACACAGAGCCAAACGUGUUGGCCUUGGCAAGCGUUCGUGUGCGUCUCGUCCUGGAAAUGGAGUUUCUGGAAAUUGGAACCUGGGAACCGACAGCUCAGCAAAGCUGCCCUCGCUGGCUGUUGUCCAGAGUGCUGCUAGGAAGGCCAAGACGCACGCUCGGGAUGCCCCCCACCCUCCAGACGGGCUCCUGACUCCCCGGGGCGGUGACCAAGCACUGUUCAGCCGCCGCUGCAGCCGUUCAUUUUGGUGCCGGCGCGGCCUGGGUGUCCUGUCCUUCUGGAGCGCCAAGGCUGUCCGCGAGGCCAUUGAUUUAAGAGACAAUAUCACUUGCUUCCAAAGUUUAUGA